CGGGACUCGGCUCGCCUUAUGAGGGUGGUUUGUACUUCUGGGACCCGGAAUCGGAGCUGAGAGGCUUCUAGUCGGCUCUGUUCCGGACAAGGAGCCACCGACAUGGGAAAGAGGGCAGUGAUCACCAGGCCGGGAAAGGAACCGUGCCUGGCAGCCUCGUCGCCCAAUUUCAGAACGCCGCCACUGCCCCCUGUCGGGACUACAUUUCCCAGGGGCCGUUGCGGCGAGAGGACACGCCCACUUCCGGCGAGGGCUUGAAGUGCGGGCGUGAGCGAGUCGGGCCGGUCCUGAGGGGAAAGCCGGGUCGGGCGGCGGCGGUGGCUGGGCCCGGGAGGCCCCGACGGGUCGGCGUUCCGGUCUGCGCGUGGGGGGCGGGCGUGAACGUGCGCGCGCGACUUGGCGACUGUGUGACUGACGGUGCGUGGUGUGUGUGUGAGAGGAUGUUACUGACGGGGAGGGGGCGGCGGGUCCGUGUGCGAAUGGGGGCAGUGUGCGAGACGUGACUGAUGAGGAGGGAUGUGUGUGACUGCGGCGUGUGUUUGUGCACGUCCCAGCAGCGCGUGAGACACGCUGUGUAUUGGAAUGAAUGAGGGAUUUUACGUGGCUGAGAGCGGAAACCCUCCUGGGAGAGACCCCACUCCCCUCUGAGUCAACCCCCGAGCGCCCGGUGUGGGCCAAAGCCCUCGAGUCCUGGGGGGGUGCCCGUCUGCCCCACCUGAGGGGGCGGACCUCAGGACACGUCCAGACGUGCACGGACGGAGUACAGAGGUGAGGACACUGAAGCAUAGAGAAGAUAAGUAAUCGCUAAGUGGAGGAGCCAGGCUUCAGAUCCAGGACAGGCUGACUCUAGAGUCCCCCUCUGUGCUGGCUCUCAUGCAAUCCCCUCAACAACUGCUUGAGCUCUGCCUCUCAGGGUAAAGCCCUUCUCCAGAUGAGGAGCCAGGAAGAGGAGGAGGUGACAGGAAUUGAACUUCUUAAAGCCAUGUCCCCGGAUUCAUUGACUUUCACAGAUGUGGCCAUAGACUUCUCCCAAGAUGAGUGGGAAUGGCUGAAUCUUGCUCAAAGGAGUUUGUACAAGAAGGUGAUGUUGGAGAACUACAGGAACCUGGUUUCCUUGGGUCUUUGCAUUUCUAAACCAGAUGUGAUCUCCUUAUUGGAACAAGGUAAAGAGCCCUGGUUGAUGAAAAGAGAGAUGACAAGAGGUCUAUGCCCAGACUUGGAAUAUGUGUGGAUGACCAGGGAAUUAUCUCCAAACCAGGACAUUUAUAAAGAAAAAUUAUCCCAGGCAAUGCUAAUGGAAAGACUUACAAGCUAUGACCUUGAAUGUUCCACAUUAGGGGAAAACUGGAAUUGUGAAGACCUGUUUGAGAGGGAGCCGGUAAGUAGGAAGACACAUUUUAGGCAAGAGACAAUCACCCAUAUAGAUACCCUUCUUGAGAAAAGAGACAACUCUAACAAACCUGGGACAGUUUUUCAUCUGAAUACAUUAUCUUAUAUAAAACAAGUAUUUCCCAUGGAAGAGAGAAUAUAUACUUUUGACACAGAUAAGAAAAUCUUAAAAACACAUUCAUUUCUUAAAAAACACAAACAAGUCUAUGGAGAAAAGAAACUUUUGAAAUGUAAUGACUGUGAGAAAACUUUCAGCAAAAUCUCAACCCUUACUCUUCAUCAAAGAAUUCAUACCGGAGAGAAACCCUAUGAAUGUACUGACUGUGGGAAGGCUUUUAUCCAGAGUGCCCACCUUGCUCAACAUCAGAGAAUACACACAGGAGAAAAACCUUUUGAAUGUACUGAAUGUGGGAAAGCCUUCAGCCAGAAUGCUCAUCUUAUUCAACAUCAGAGAGUUCAUACUGGAGAAAAACCUUAUCAAUGUAAGCAGUGUAAUAAAGCCUUCAGCCAGCUUGCACAUCUUGCUCAACAUCAGAGGGUUCAUACUGGAGAGAAACCCUAUGAAUGUAUUGAAUGUGGAAAGGCUUUUAGUGAUUGUUCAUCCCUUGCUCAUCAUCGAAGGAUUCAUACUGGGAAAAGACCUUAUGAAUGUAUCGACUGUGGGAAAGCUUUCAGGCAGAAUGCAUCUCUAAUACGUCAUCGGAGGUAUUAUCACACUGGAGAGAAACCCUUCGAUUGCAUUGAUUGUGGGAAGGCUUUCACUGAUCACAUAGGACUUAUUCAGCAUAAGAGAAUUCAUACUGGAGAGAGGCCUUACAAAUGUAAUGUAUGUGGGAAGGCUUUUAGCCACGGGUCAUCCCUGACUGUGCAUCAGAGAAUUCAUACAGGAGAGAAACCUUAUGAGUGUAGUAUCUGUGAGAAGGCCUUCAGCCAUCGUGGCUCACUUACUCUUCAUCAAAGAGUUCAUACUGGAGAGAAACCCUAUGAAUGUAAGGAAUGUGGGAAAGCUUUUCGGCAGAGCACACACCUUGCUCAUCAUCAGAGAAUUCAUACUGGAGAGAAACCUUAUAAAUGUAAGGAAUGCAGCAAAACCUUCAGCCAGAAUGCACACCUUGCACAACACCAGAAAAUACACACUGGAGAGAAACCUUAUGAAUGUAAGGAUUGUGGUAAGGCCUUCAGUCAAAUUGCACACCUUGUUCAACACCAGAGAGUUCAUACUGGCGAGAAGCCUUAUGAAUGUAUUGAAUGUGGGAAGGCCUUUAGCGAUGGCUCCUAUCUUGUUCAACAUCAGAGACUCCACACUGGCAAAAGACCAUAUGAAUGUCUUGAAUGUGGGAAGGCAUUCAGACAGAGGGCAUCCCUGAUUUGCCACCAAAGGUGUCAUACAGGCGAGAAACCUUAUGAAUGUAACGUUUGUGGGAAAGCCUUUAGCCAUCGUAAAUCCCUUACUCUACAUCAAAGAAUUCAUACAGGAGAGAAACCUUAUGAGUGUAAGGAAUGUAGGAAAGCCUUCAGCCAGAUUGCCCAUCUUACACUACAUAAGAGAAUUCAUACUGGAGAAAGGCCCUAUGAAUGUAAAGAAUGUGGAAAAGCCUUCAGGCAGAGUGUACAUCUUGCUCAUCAUCGGCGAAUUCAUACUGGAGAGUCAUCCUCAAUUAUUCCUUCCUGCUCACCCCCAUACCACCAAAUCCUCUAAAUUCAAUCUUCUAAAUACCUCUGGAAUCCAUCUGCUUUUUUCCAGUCCAUGUCCCAUCAUGAUAGUCCAAGACACAACCAUCUUAUUUGGAUUUCUGCAAUAGCAUUGUAACCAUUUUCCCUCUUGUUCCUCUCAAGUGCAUUUUUAACACUGUAGCGAGCUUCAUCUUUUAAAAAUAAAAAUAUAUAUUCAUGUUACUUUCCCAUUUCAAAUGCUUGUUUUGAAGAAUAUGUUAGGUAAUCCAUUUAAAGAGUUCAGCACACAAUCCUUUUCAUACAAUUAGUGCUGUUAAGGUAACGAUUUCCUUACAAUCAUAUUAAGCUGUAAGUAAAAAGAAUUAGUAGGUAAAGACUAACAAACCUACAGAUUUGAGGACAGAGGACUCUUUACUCUCCCAGUAGGUAGGAAAGAUGAAUUCGUUCAGAGUUGAAAGGUUGUAUGAUGUACAAGGUAACAUGGUGGCCUCCCACUCCCUCUGUAUGAAUAUAAGGACAUAUAGCAUUGUUGAUGAGGAACUCUCACUCCGCCUGGCACCCAGAAGUGACAAUAGGCCAAUUAGAACAAAAGCACUUGGUAGAAUGUAGGGCUAGCCCAGGGGAUAGUAUUAAAAACAAACUAAGCCAGCUAGAAAACUUGAAUAGAUUAAUGCCAUGAAGUGAACUGGAAAAGGUAGUUCAACACUUUCACCUGUAGAAAAGCACCAUAGGUAAUUCCUGUGAUAUUUCAGUUGUCCUAGAGCAUAAAAUACAGUAAAGCUUCCUAUCUUGUUCUAUGAGACUGACAGACUGAUACCAAAACAGAAAAACGUAUAUGCUGCAAUUAGCUUAUGAAUGUAGAUGUUAAAACUUAGUUAAACUUAUUUUUUAAAUAUUAAAAAAUACAGUAAAUGGAAAGCUAGACAUGUCUCUGUAUAGAAUGACUCAGUCUGGCAAAGAUAUUUCUCCCCAAGUUAAAUAUGUAGAUUCACUGAUAUUCCAAUAAAAAUCUCCCAUGUAUUUUUAAGUUGAAAAGCUGAUUUCUGACCAUCUAUAGAAUUGUGAUAUAGCAAGGAAUGUAGUACUACAUUCCCAAUUCAUUCAUUUAACAUUGAGCAUUUAGUAAUGUGUCAGGCACUGUUUCAGGUGCUGGGGAUAGAGCAGGAUACAAAAUGUACAAAAAGUUUUGCCCUCACAGAUGUAGUGGGAGAAGACAAAAAAAAUUUGAAAUACCUACUGUGUGAUAAGAAUGUGAUAUGUAUCAUGAUGAGAAAUGAUCUAAAGAGGGAGCUAGGAAUUGCUGGGA